AUGCAAAAGGUUAAACCAGAGCUUCAAAAGAUAUUAUACAUGUUACUCACCAAAAUUGACUUGUAUGAUACUAAUGAAUCAAGACAUAAUCCUAAACCUGUUAUAUUGAAAGGGUACACCAUUAAUAGACCAAGCCUAUUCACCAGUAUUACAGUACUUGAUAAUAAACUAUAUCAUAUGAAAAUUGAUCAAUAUCUUAAAGCAAAAUUUUGGUUUUCCAUAAAUUAUGUAUUCGAACCAAAUCAUGAAUAUGAAACUAAAAAUAUCGUAUUCCCAUUAUGUUCAUUAGCUCCUAGACAAACCCGACUUCUGACACGAUCAAUCGAUGAUGUUCUAAAUUUGUCCAAAGCUAUGGUUGUAUGGCAACGUCAUACAUCUGAUGAUUUGUUUGUUACUGCUGAUUUUGUCAAAGUGGCUAUGCGAAAGAUUGGAUAUUGGUUAGUCGAUUGGGAAUAUAACACUCUAUACACUUCUAAAGAAUUACUUCCUGAUCGUUCCGCUAAUUUUGACGCUGAACAGGUAGAAGAGAAAGAUUAUCAAAGGAGAAUGGAGAUUAGUAUGAUGACUGGUUCUUGGUUUGGAAGUGAUUAUGAUUACGUUAAGAAAUAUUUAUUAAAGAGUGAAUCCACAAAGGAUGAUAGUACACCAACGGGGACCCCAGAUCUGUAUAGAUCUCCAUAA